CCUUCGCUUAAAAUUCCUCUAACAGGGAUGAAAGAACAGACGUUUUCAACAACAGACGCCUACACAGACAGUAGAAGAGCUUUUUAGUUGUUUGUGCGCCCUUUUAAAAAGUGCCUGGCAUGCGCGUUUGAGAAAGAAGAAAAAACCCACGGAAACAAAACAAUGAAAGGGCUUUUGUUGUUUGAAACUCAAAUAUCUGGAGGUGAAGAGAACAGGGGCGGCGGGGACGGGGGCAGCAGAAUGUUAAACUCCUGUUUGUUGGUGAAUAGCUUAAAAAGCUAUGGUGCGUCUGUCUUAAGGCAAAUGUGGCGGAAGUGGAGGGUGGGGAAAUCACAUUUUUCUUAUCCCAGGUGAGGAGGAAUUAUUCCAUGCUGUGAGCAGGCUAGCCUGUGUUAAGGAUUUGCCUGGCUUCUGUUAAAGGUAUUCUGAUUUCCCCUCAUUGAGAAUGCUGCUGACUCGUUCUGGGUCUCCUUGCUUUGAAUAGGUUUGGUUUGGGCUUUACCUCUGUGGGGAGGUAAGCCUAAAAUAAGAUCGAGUGUCAACAAGUGUGUCUUAUCCGACAAAGGGGUGUGGGGAGGAGGAUUUUUCAUUGCAGAACAGGAAACGAGGGAAGAAUAAUGGGGUUGCUCGCAACACUGGCUGUCUGUCUCUCCCACCCCCUUUCUGUAGCCGCAAGGCGGGAAUCUCAAAACCAAGCCCCUUUCUUCAGUGAGCAGCUAUUGUAACUGCUGCUGAGGGGAAAAGGCGGCCUUGCGCCAAAGCUUGGGGAUUGGUGACCUAUUUGUCACCUCUCAGGCAAAGCUCAUUACGAAUGGAAAUGCCACACAGUUAUAUAAAUGGAGGGAGUAGAGGCUAGCUUGAAUGGAGCUUGGCUUGCCUUGCGUUCCUGUCAUAAAAUUAGCUAAAAGCUUGGCACAGUUUGAGGGGUUCCGAGGGAAAUUCUGAGAAAGAGAGAAGCAGAGAGCAUGAAGUCUCAUAGGAAGAGUUAGUGGACAACGGGCUUCUGUGACAGAAACCUACAAUUAUCUUGGCUAUAUUGUGUCAUCAUUCUAGUGCCUCUUUGGAAACUUGAAAACUACAGGACAUGUCCAUUGCACUCAAGCAAGUUUUUAAUAAGGACAAGACGUUCCGUCCCAAACGGAAAUUUGAACCUGGGACCCAGAGAUUUGAGCUCCACAAACGAGCACAAGCCUCACUUAACUCUGGAGUGGACCUGAAAGCAGCCGUGCAGUUGCCCAGUGGAGAAGAUCUAAAUGACUGGGUAGCAGUUCACGUGGUUGACUUUUUCAACAGGAUCAACCUGAUCUAUGGAACUAUCUGUGAGUUCUGCACAGAAAGGACCUGUCCCAUGAUGUCAGGUGGUCCCAAGUAUGAGUAUCGGUGGCAGGAUGAUCUGAAGUAUAAGAAACCUACGGCAUUGCCAGCACCCCAAUAUAUGAAUCUUUUGAUGGACUGGAUUGAAGUGCAAAUCAACAAUGAGGAUAUAUUUCCUACUAGUGUAGGCAUACCAUUCCCAAAGAACUUCCUCCAGAUCUGCAAGAAGAUCUUGUGCAGACUGUUCAGAGUGUUCGUUCAUGUCUAUAUUCAUCACUUUGACCGCAUCAUCAUUAUGGGGGCUGAAGCCCAUGUCAAUACCUGUUACAAGCACUUUUAUUACUUUGUGACAGAGCUCAACCUCAUAGACCGCAAGGAACUAGAACCAUUGAAAGAGAUGACAGCCAGGAUGUGUCACUGAAGAGCCACUGCUGAAUGAAAGAAAAAAACGUAUUUCCUGCUAACUGAAGAACUAGAACGCCAGCAGCCCUCAUGGGCAAAAUCAGCCUGUUAAUUCUUAAAAAGCAGGGAAGUCAGGGAUAGGAGAUUAUUACUUUCGCAGACACUUCCCCACCAUUAUGUAUGCUCUUAACCCUUCAAAUGCUGCUAAGUACCUCCUUGGAAUGAUGUGGAUUACUUGGAAAGAAAGGAAGAAGCACUUCUUUUCCCAUGUUCCCUGAAGGAUUGAGGAGGCAUUCAUCAGACUACAAAUUGAUUCCAUCCAUCUUCUUGCUCUUAAAUCUUUACUUCAGUUUGGUUUCUAGCUGUAUUUUUGAAACUCAUCUUAUUGUUAAAAUAAAAACUGCUAAAUUGCAGUUAGAAGUACAUUGUUGUGCAGGGUACAGUAUAGUGUUAAGAGCCUCUGAAAAUUCUGAUUGCCCUUUCUGUAUCUCCGAAUCAACUUAGCAAGUCAGUCAUCCUAGUAUUUGUUUUUUAGACAAAAAUAGUGUGCUUCUUGUGACCAGAAACUGAGAUUAACAUCUUAGACUACAGUCGUAGAUACCCACAGCACAGGCUUGAAAGAAGCUGAUCCCUUUGGAAAGGGCAAGCUACUUUUCCAUUUAAAACUGGGCUGCCUGUUCAGCUGAAUGAUAGGUUUGCUGUGUGUGUUUCUUCUCUACCUGCCUUAUGGAUGUCUAGGAUUAAGACCCUAAUCGACAGGCUUUGCUCCAAAUAUGAAACCAAGAGCCGUAAUCCCAGUAGUUCUGAGAUACUAGGUAAAAACAUUGGAGAUUGUCCAUUUUCCCUGUUGCCUGGCUAGCAGGGUCUAGUGUGGCUGGCUCACACAGACUGACAAAUCUGUUAGCUUAUGCACACAUGGUAUAAAAACUGGAUCUCAGUCUCAGGCAAGUGAGCAACAAUGGGGGGAAGGCUGUCGGAACGUGGCCUGAAUAUGGUUUGGUUUUGGAAUGCAGCCCAAUAAGAUGGCAAAAUCCUGACGGGGCAAAGUGUGCUGUACCACUUAAGACUGCAGUUGAAAAAUUCUAGGCUUGUUCACACAGACACUCAAAUCUCAGUUUAAUGUGGGUAACCAACCUUAAAGCGAUCAUAUGGACCAAUGCCAAGGUAGUUCAUGACCUGAAAUUCCCACCUUGGCAUGGGUUCACACACUCAUUUCAGUGUUGGUAACCCGCAUUAAACUGAGAUUAAAAUAGCUGUGUGAACCUGGCCACUGUUGUUUUUUUUUUAAAAAAAGCUUUUGAAUGUAAAAACUCUGCAUGUAGAACAUAGCAUAUCAGGGAGAGCAUUUCUAAACUAGCCUUCUCCAAGCUAAUGUUCUGCUUGUUCAGAGGGUUCCCACCACUUACUUUAGGGGAUUUUUUUUUUUUUUAAGUGACAGCCCAAAGUAGUGCAGUGCAUUCUACCAUGUCGUUCUGCUGCACAAUACAGACCAGGCCUAAUAUGUUUUAGCAUUCAGAAAGGGUGUGUGGUGGGGUAUGGGGGAGAGAUGGCAAGGAAUGGAAGACUACAUAGGAAGCAACAGAUAUUUAGAAGCAGAAAGGACUUCUUCUGGGUGAUGGGGAGGGACAUUAAAGGACAUAAUUUCAACCGCCCUGAGCCAUUUUUGGAAGGGCGGUAUAUAAAUCAAAUAAAUAAAUAAAACUGUGGUUAUUGAAACUGAAAUGACAUGCAAGCUAUUUCCAGUGGUAACUAACGUAUGUGCACAGCUUGCGAAUAUCAGGAUUAAGGACAAGCAAAUAGAAGCUAUACUAGACCAGAUUCUACAUUGUGGUCACACCUAUACAGUCUUCUAGACUUUCUGUAUAUUAUCCAAGGUAUACUGGGAAAUACUCCUAAAUACCACCGUGCCUCAACUAUUUUUUCAUCUAAAAUGUUAAUUUUCUUACUGAUACUACUUUCACUUAAUCAGGAAAUUGGUGGCCUGAUUGUGAUAUUGAUUAUAACAAGUUUACAAUCAGAGCCUGAUCAGGGUGCCCAGGAAACUGCCCUCUAUGGGUCAGUUCUACUUGGAUAAACACCCUCUAAGGUUCAUGGUGAGACUUACCUUGGCAGAUGAGAUGGGAGACAGGAGGCAAUGAUGGAGUGGCCUUCAUGGCCAAGAGUGUUGCUCCGCUACCCCCACACUGGGACUCUGGGCACAGAAGUGGUCUCAGGAAUCAGUGAGGGCCCUGUGCCCCCUGUAGCUGCCCCAUGAUGCUGAUCCCGAUUAUAAUGGGAUAAAUCUAGAGCUUUGUUGGAGGAAAAAGUGGCUUUAGGGUAGCAUUAACCGAGAAUGACCAAUCCGUCCUGUCUAUGCACUUUGCAUGUGCAAGAGAUCUGUAGUCAAUACGUUGCACGUGGAUGACUGGAAUGGUUUUGUAUAUAGUGUAUGUCUUGUUCUUGUUGCUUUCCCUCAUUACUAGUCUCUUAAUUUUGAGGGGGGGGGGGGCCUCAAUUUUUUUUGGAAUUGCAAGCAUGAUAAUUAUGAGGGCUAUGUUUAAUCUACUCCAUUUUUGGUGAAUGGAAACCAAAUGGAAACCAUUUUCUCUCACAUCACCUCAGUGUGCUCCUGUGCUUAGUAAAUAGAUGACUUAUCAGCCAGUCCAAUUAGGUUAAUUAUGGCAACAUAGUAAAUAGGCAAGGAGCAUCCAUGGCUAAGCCUAUUAAUCUGUAUUUACUGAGACAGUCAUAAGACACAAUUUAGAAAACAGAAUAAAAAGGGGAUUGUACCAUACAUUGUGUGCCUUCUGUGGAAUUUAGCCCAGGUCUUCCAUAGUAUAAUUCAGACUGGAGUUUAUUUCCCCCCGAUCAACUGCUAAUUCCUGCUGUCCUAGUUCAGUCAGUUCUUUGAAAAUCCAUAUUAGAAAACACACCCCAUUUAAUAAGAAUAGCAAUACAAGAGAUAACAUGUUUAAUCUUACAGCAUAAUAUGAAUUGAAAGAUGUUAGGGUUUUUGAAGUUAUUUUUGUUAUUCAUAUGUUCCUGUUUCAGUACCAGUUUUGAAAAUUAAAACAUUGUUAACUAUGGAAUUUUGAAUCAGAAUGUCAGUGAAAAUGCUUAUGUAAAAUUUCAAAAUACAAAAAUCACUUUUAAAUGACAUUUCAGGUGAUUUAGGGUGGGUCUGGAGAAACCUAAAUUCAGGUAUCUCUGAAAUUUUUCGUUCCUCAUAUCAAGUUCAGCUUCCCUUCACCUUCAUCCUUCAAACAGACAUACAUGCCUCUAAAUCAAAAGUUGAUUUAGUGUUGCGGGUUGCCCUUUGCCUGUUUCAGAAGUGCUGUCCAUUUUAUGUUUAAUGUACUUCUUAUGUUUAUCAAUUUAAAAGUUUAUCUGGCGCCUUAUGGUUUUUUGUUUAAUUCAAUACGUUAUUUCAUUUUUCUUUUUUAAGUUGAGACAUUUCUCUAUGGAAUGCGUUGGGAAUUUGAUUUGUGAUGUCCCACAAUCAGAACUGUUCAGACUGGAUUCUGCUUCAGAGUGGUAGAAUUAGUUUCCCUUGAAUUCCUGAAGAGAACAUUGUACAUUUGAACAAAGCAUAAUGCUGCUUGAUCCAGUGGGAUCAAACUCCCCUUUAAAGGUGCUAUGAAUGCUUGAUAGGAAUGUGCACGAAUCAUGUUUUUAGGUGUAAUUUGGAACACACACCCUGCCCCUUUAAAAUGGGGGAGAGCAUACCUGCUCGUCCAUCAUUCGCAGCCACUUCCUGAAUCAGUGGUGCUCCUUCCAGCUCUCUUAACAUGCAGCGGCGCUCUCCCUCAGCUACCCCUGCGCAACGCCAGCAUGCACAAGGUCUCCACACAUGAGACAUGCCAGUGUUGCAUGGGGGCAGCUGGGGGAGAGCACCGCUGGCACAUGAAGAUAGCUGGGAGGAGUGCUUGCCAGUUCAGGAAGUGGCAGUGAAUGGCGGAACAGCAGGUAUGCACCUGCUCUCCUCCAUUUUAAAGGGCAAGGGAUGUGUUCUGAAUCGUGUCUCGAAACAUGAUUCGUGCACAUCCCAAGUGCUUGCCUCCUUCUCUAUCAAGUCUGAUUAUGCAACUAUUUAAUUCCUCCAAAAUUUCUAUGUGACACAGAUAAAAUUCAACAAAUGUGUACUGUAUGCUUCAUAUCAAUGAUGUAAGACUUACCAUGAGGAGACUGAUUGGUACAGAAGGGCUCUUCUUAUUUAGCCAGAUAAUAUGCAUACGAUCUCAUCUGUCUUUGGGCAAUCAAGACUCUGGAGAUAAUAAGUGUAGAUUGGAUUCCAUGAAGAUUGUUAUGCAUCUAGAGGGUUUCCAGAACCUCAGUUUUAUUUCUAUCCUCACAACAAAACAAGGCAAGUCCUUAACCAUCUGAUUAUGGAUAUUUUCAGCCAUAAUCUUACUAUUGUUUUGCCUUUUAGUGCCUAAUUCCUUCUGGGUCUAGCUAGAAACCCCAGUCCCCAAGCAUCUUUCCAGGAGAUGCCACAGUAAAACUUGUUAUAUUUUGAGAGCUGGGAACUUCAUAUCUUGUUUCUUGCCUUAAUUUGGCAUUUAACAUAUAUUUUAAUGUUCUCUAAAAUGAAUUAACUAGAAGGAGUAUGAUUUACAUUCAUCUGAACCACAUUGUCUUCAAUUAGGAAGAACACUGAGAGAGCAAAGCAGCCUUAAUGAACGCAUCAAAUCACACAGUUCCGUGAUGCAUUGUUAUCAAGUAGCAGGUGAAUCGCAGCAUUCCUCUUCAGUGCAUGCUACAACCAAAUUGUCAGUCCUUGCUCAGGAAAAAUCCUUCCACAGUGGUUCAAAGAAGUGGAGACUGUGAUCACUUACACAAAACUGGAAAGUGAACUUUUUUUUUCAAAAAUAGUUUGUGUAGAUAAAAAGGAUUAAGGUCCAAACCUUCUAUCGACAUGAACUUUUUUUUAAAGACAAAAACUUAAUAAUGAACUCUAAAAUAAGCUGAGAACUAUGUUGAUUACUCAGUUGCAAAUACUCCAGGAUGUGCGAUAAAACUUUGUUCGAGAGGCCUAAGCAGGGGCCAUUUUUCCAGAUGAUUAUCCUAUAGAAAGUAACCCCUAAUACCACUAAGCUUGUCUCUUUUACACUUUGCCACUAUAUUUAGUUUAAGAGCAUAACUGUCAUGAGCAGCAGAAGGGUCAGUACUUCUUAGUACAAGCUAGAUCUACUGCUCAAACAGCAACUAGUAAACAAUGACACACAGCAAUUCAAACUGCUGAUUGCAUACACCUCACCUGUGCUUUAGUGUUCGUGCUAGAAAGACACUCAAGGGAGAGGUGUUAUAUCACAAUAAAGUUAUGGACUGGCUUCUGUUGUUUCCAGGUUUUGAAUAAACCACAGUGUGUCUCUGAAAUAUGAACAGUUUAUUAAAUUUGGACAUAGAAAUUCAGUCUACACACACACAAACCCAUUUCCCUUUCAAUAAUUAGCCCAGCAAUGCCAGAUAUUAGAAAUGGAUAGGUAGGUUGUUGUUUUUUGUUGUUAUGCAGAUUUUUCCUAUUUUGAAUUGGAUAUAGUUUUAUACGGAAACAGUUUAAGGAACACAGUUAUGCUUCUUACUGGUCUGUGACAUAUUAGGAGUUUCCCCACUAAUUUAGACACAGUCUGUGGAUUAUUUUCAGGUUGGGGGCAGGGGUUUAAAUGCUUAUAUACAGUAAAUGAUUUGUUAGAUUCCUUUGUUUUGGGGUUUUGGGUCCCAUAAAUCAAAUUCUACCAAUAUGGGCUUUAGUAAUGUCAAAGCCAAUGCAUUUACAGAAUAUUUUAAUUGUGUGUAAUUAAAUUAAAAGUUCAGCUGUAUGAUGAGACCAAUGCUGUUAAUGAAAUAAAUUGGCAUUUACAAAAGGGUUAAAAAAUGGCUUAUAUCACAUCAAUCCUAAUUUAUGCUUUUAAGUAAAUAAAAUAUCAAAUAAAAGAAGCAUAACCUCA